UCUUUCCCAUGUCAACAAAAAAAAACACAAACAUCACAUAUUAUACAUAUAAACAUAAAAAACACAUAUAUAAGAUGUCUUGUAAUAAGAAAUCAUUAUUAUUCGGCAACAAAGUCGUAGUUAUACUUGUAUUCCUCUUAUGUUUGGUUCACUCAUCCGAAUCACUUCGACCAUUGUUUGCAUGCAACCCAGCAAACGGGUUAACCCGGACGCUCCGGUUCUGUCGGGUCAAUGUACCGAUCCACGUUAGGGUUCAAGACUUAAUCGGACGUCUCACGUUGCAGGAGAAGAUCCGCCUCCUCGUCAACAAUGCCGCCGCUGUGCCACGCCUUGGCAUUGGAGGCUAUGAGUGGUGGUCCGAGGCUCUUCAUGGCGUUUCCGACGUCGGUCCCGGAGCUAAGUUCGGUGGUGCUUUCCCUGGUGCCACCAGCUUCCCUCAGGUCAUCACCACCGCAGCUUCUUUCAACCAGUCUCUAUGGGAAGAGAUCGGACGGGUGGUGUCUGAUGAGGCAAGGGCUAUGUACAAUGGAGGCGUGGCCGGUCUGACGUAUUGGAGCCCAAAUGUGAAUAUACUGAGGGAUCCACGGUGGGGCCGAGGCCAGGAAACUCCCGGAGAGGAUCCUGUCGUGGCCGGAAAAUACGCAGCCAGCUACGUUAGGGGACUUCAGGGUAACGGCGCCGGUAACCGCCUCAAAGUCGCCGCAUGUUGCAAACAUUACACAGCUUAUGAUCUUGAUAAUUGGAAUGGCGUCGACCGUUUCCAUUUCAACGCCAAGGUCAGCAAACAAGAUUUAGAGGACACGUACAAUGUGCCAUUCAAAUCUUGUGUUUACGAGGGAAAGGUCGCGAGUGUUAUGUGCUCAUACAACCAAGUCAAUGGAAAGCCAACUUGUGCUGAUGAAAAUCUCUUAAAGAACACCAUUCGUGGUCAAUGGCGUCUCAACGGGUAUAUUGUAUCAGAUUGUGACUCCGUCGAUGUUUUCUUUAACCAACAACACUAUACCACAACUCCAGAGGAAGCAGCUGCUGCCUCCAUUAAAGCUGGUUUGGAUUUGGACUGCGGGCCGUUUUUGGCGAUCUUCACGGAAGGAGCUGUGAAGAAGGGAUUAUUGACGGAGUACGACGUUAAUUUAGCACUUGCUAAUACCAUAACGGUCCAGAUGAGACUUGGUAUGUUUGAUGGCAAUCUUGGGCCGUAUGCUAAUCUUGGGCCUAGAGAUGUUUGUACUCUAGCCCAUAGACAUUUAGCCCUUGAAGCGGCCCAUCAAGGAAUUGUGCUUCUCAAAAACUCUGGUCGUUCUCUUCCACUCUCCCCUAGGCGUCACCGCACUGUUGCAGUGAUUGGGCCCAACUCCGACGUCACUGAGACCAUGAUCGGAAACUAUGCAGGGAAAGCUUGUACCUAUACGACACCGUUACAAGGAAUCUCAAGAUAUGCUAGAACACUUCACCAAGCUGGUUGUGCAGGCGUGGCUUGCCGAGGGAACCAAGGAUUUGGUGCGGCAGAGGCGGCUGCACGUGAAGCAGAUGCGACGGUUCUUGUGAUGGGAUUGGACCAGUCGAUAGAGGCUGAGACACGAGAUCGAACCGGGUUGCUAUUACCAGGUUACCAACAAGAGCUUGUUACACGAGUAGCUCAAGCUUCUAAAGGUCCAGUGAUUCUGGUCCUUAUGAGUGGUGGCCCCAUCGAUGUUUCCUUUGCUAAGAACAAUCCACGUGUUGCUGCCAUCAUCUGGGCCGGGUAUCCGGGUCAAGCUGGUGGAGCUGCCAUCGCCAAUAUAAUCUUCGGUGCUGUUAACCCUGGAGGGAAGCUACCUAUGACAUGGUAUCCACAAGAUUACGUAGCAAAAGUGCCAAUGACGAUAAUGGCUAUGAGAGCAUAUGGAAAUUACCCAGGAAGAACCUACAGAUUCUACAAAGGUCCAGUGGUGUUUCCAUUUGGGUUCGGUUUAAGUUACACCACCUUCACUCACAGUUUGGCCCAAAACCCAUUAGCCCAACUAUCAGUUUCAUCCUACAAACUCAACUCUGCCAUUUUCAACUCCUCAUCUAACUCUAUCAAAGUGUCUCAUGCCAACUGUGGAACGUUUCCAAAAGUGCCUCUCCAUGUUGAAGUAUCAAACACAGGUGAAUUUGACGGAACCCACACGGUGUUCGUCUUUGCUGAGCCGCCGAAAAACGGGAUAAAAGGAUUGGGUGUGAACAAACAAUUGAUAGCGUUUGAGAAGGUUCAUGUCACGGCAGGAGCAAAACGGACCGUUCAAGUCGAUGUUGAUGCUUGCAAGCAUCUUGGUGUAGUAGAUGAGUAUGGAAGGAGGAGAAUCCCAAUGGGUGAACAUAAAUUGCAUAUCGGUGAUCUUAAACAUACUAUUUUGGUCCAACCGCAACUUUAAAAGAGCCAUACAAAAAAGAAGCAACAAAUAAGGAAACGAAGUGGAGUGUUUCCUUUUAUUUAUAUGUUACAUUAUAUAUAGAGAUAUAGGUUAUUUUCUUGAGAAAUUACUCAAGAAAUGGUUCAAUCCGAAAAGAAGCACCAAAGGGUUGCUUCUUGGAUUUGUGUGUUUUAUUUCUUCUAUUUUUCGUCAUCAAUUGUCAAUGUUACUGUAACUUGUGGCUCCCAAAAUAAGAAAGACAUAGGGGGCCCUUGUAAAAUGUUGAAACUAAGGAAAAAAAUGAAGAUAAUGAUAAUUUGAUAUAUACAGUAUUUCUUUGUUUUU